GAAUGUGUUUACAAUCUACACUACAUCAAACUCAUUUUUACACACACCCAUCGAAGCAAAAGGAUAGUUAUAAACCUUUAUUUUUCAGAGUCUCUGCUGUGAGUUCUUCAGUUUUUUCUUAGCGUUGAAGGUAUGGCAAAUUAUCAGAAGAAAGGUGUCGUGGAGAAGAUCAAGGAGCAGAUUCCAGGUAUGCAUCAGUCCCACACUACGGCCACCAGCGCACCCACCACUGGUCACGGCUACGGAGGAGGAGGGCAGCAUCAGAAGCAAGGUGUCGUGGAGCAGAUCAAGGAGCAGAUUCCUGGUAUGCAUCAGUCCCACACUACGGCCACCAGCGCACCCACCACCGGUCACGGCUACGGAGGAGGAGGGCAGCAUCAGAAGAAAGGUAUCGUGGAGAAGAUCAAGGAGCAGAUUCCUGGUAUGAAGCAGUCCCACACUACGGCAACCAGCGCACCCACAACUGGUCACGGUUACGGAGGAGGACACACUACGGCCACCAGCGCACCCACCACCGGUCACCUCCACGGAGGAGGACAGCAGCAUCAGAAGAAAGGUGUCGUGGAGAAGAUCAAGGAGAAGCUUCCUGGACACCAUGCCCAGCAUCAGGACCAGAAUCACCAUUACUAGAGGUGUUCUCGCAUGGUGUAGCAGCUCAUAUAUAUAUGUAUGUGUGUGCGUGUGUCUUAUAGGUUACAUAUAAAAUACACAGCUACAUGUGUGUUCGUUUGUAUUUGGAGGGUGUGAAGGUUUACUUUACAAACGAAGUGCAUGUGUAAUUAAUUAAUAAGCAGGAUGCCAGUGGUGUAUUAAUGUUACAUGACUGCACCCUGUGUUAAAUGUGUGCUAUGUGGUCUUUUUAAGUACUUUAGGGACGUUUGUUUUGUGAUUUAUAGUUGGGUUUUUAUCUAAUUCGUCUUCUUUCAUGGACGUUUGUUUUGUGAUUUA